AUUCUCCAUCGGAAUCACGCACCGUUUUCUAUAUCUUUAUUACCGUCGUCGUCCCCGGCCGCUUGCUGUCCGCCGUUUGGUGCCUUGCUCCUGUUGUUUUGAGGGGCUGGGCUUGGUUCCUUUUCCUCCACUCCCCCCAGCCCUCCUCGCCUCGCCUUUCCCCAACCCAUAUCCCUCCUUCUCUCUCUCGUCUGUGUGCGUGUGUGUGUGGGUGUGUUGGUUUUGAGCAAUCUUCUCGCCGGACUCUUCUCCUAGCUUGGCGCGGUGCGUGCCCCUCCUCGUCCUCUGUCUGUCGAUUUCCUCCUUCCUUGCGUGUGUGCGUGUGUGCGUGUUGUGUGGGUGACUUAUAGGCCGCUACCUGUGGAUUUGUCAUCUCCCUUGCUUUGUUCUCUUGCUCGCAAGGGGUAUGGCAUGGUGUGUGUGGCUUGGUUUGUCCUCUACAUACAUGGUCGCUGCUGCCUGCUCGCUGGAUCUUGAUCCGUCCGCAAGACGCCGGAAGCAAGCAAGGAACGUACGUACACGCCGUGUCGUCGUCGCCUUGUGCUCUCUAGACUGGGUUGGACAGGCUUGGACUGGUCGGUGUGUGGCGGCGCUCGGCUCACCUGAACCCGACGACGACAAACAAGCAAUUGGAGGAAGCUGUUAGCUAAUCUUGUUUUGUUCCGAUCCAUCCAUGGCCGCCGCGUCCUCCGCUCCCUUCUUCGGCCUCUCCGACGCGCAGAUGCAGCCGCUGAUGGCCGCGCAGCAGCCCCCCGCCCCCGCCGCCGCCGCGCCGGCGCCCAAGAAGAAGCGUAACCAGCCGGGCAACCCAAAUCCUGAUGCUGAGGUGAUCGCGCUGUCGCCGCGGUCGCUGAUGGCGACGAACCGGUUCGUGUGCGAGGUGUGCGGCAAGGGGUUCCAGCGGGAGCAGAACCUGCAGCUGCACCGUCGCGGCCACAACCUGCCGUGGAAGCUGAAGCAGAAGAACCCCAAGGAGACGCGGCGGCGCGUGUACCUGUGCCCGGAGCCGACGUGCGUGCACCACGACCCGGCGCGCGCGCUGGGCGACCUCACCGGCAUCAAGAAGCACUACUGCCGCAAGCACGGCGAGAAGAAGUGGAAGUGCGACAAGUGCGCCAAGCGCUACGCCGUGCAGUCGGACUGGAAGGCCCACUCCAAGACCUGCGGCACCCGCGAGUACCGCUGCGACUGCGGCACCCUCUUCUCCAGGAGGGACAGCUUCAUCACCCACCGCGCCUUCUGCGACGCGCUGGCCCAGGAGAGCGCGCGGCUGCCGCCUAUCGGCGCCGGCAUGUACGGCGGCCCCGGCAACAUGGCCCUCGGUAAUCUCUCCGGCAUGACGCCCCAGAUGGCCGGCGGCUUCCCAGACCAAUCCGGCCACCACUCAUCAGCUUCGGCCAUCGACGUCCUCAACCUUGGUGGCGGUGGCGGCAACGCCGGUCAGUUCGAGCACCUCAUGCCAUCUUCCUCGGGGUCCUCCAUGUUCCGCUCCCAGGCCGCCACCUCUUCCCCGUUCUAUAUGGGCGGCGGUACCGCCCAGGACUUUGGCGAGGAUGACGUCCACCGUUCCCAUGGCAACCAGGGCUCUCUCCUCCAGCAGGGAAAGUCCCCCGCGGCCUUCCAUGGCCUUAUGCAACUUCCAGACCAGCACCAGGGAGGCGGCGGCGGCAACGGUAAUAACAGCCUCCUGAACCUUGGAUUCUUCUCAGGCAAUGGCAACGGGAGCGGCCAGGACUCGCGCCUGGUCUUCCAGAACCAGUACAACGGCAGCGCCGGAAUUGGCAACAACAGCAAUGGAAAUGGAGAGAAUGGCGGCAUUGUCGGGUCCAGCAGCGUCCUGGGAGGCGGCGGCGGGGGCUUCCCUUCUCUCUACAGCUCGUCUGAGACGGGCGGCGGGCUCCCGCAGAUGUCCGCGACUGCGCUGCUGCAGAAGGCCGCGCAGAUGGGCGCGACGACGAGCAGCCACAACGCUGGCGCCGGCGGCGCCGGGCUGCUCCGUGGCCCGGGUAUGAGGGGUGGCAGCGGAGAAGGCGGGUCGUCGGCCGCAGCAGCGGCGGCGAGCGAGAGGCAGUCGUUCCAUGACCUCAUCAUGAACUCUCUGGGUAGCGGGAGCGGCGCCAGUGCCACAACCGGCGGUCGCGCCGGGGCGUUCGGCAGCGGCGGGGGCUUCCCCGUGGACGACGGCAAGCUGAGCACUCGGGACUUCCUCGGCGUCGGCCCUGGCGGCGUGGUGCAAGCCGGCAUGGGCCCGCCCCGGCGGCACAGCGGCGGCGCCGGGCUCCACAUGGGCUCGCUGGACCCUGCCGAGCUGAAGUAGCAACAUACGGCAGGAUCGAUCUAUCGUCAAGAAAAACAACAAGAUAAUGCAUGGAAGCUCUCAAGGUAAGGUGCAUGGAUGGCGAUGGAAGAAUGAAGAGAGCAUGCAUAUUACUGCAUUUAGAAGAACAAAGGUUAAUAAAUUAGUUUCUUGGGUAAUCUUUCGUCAUGUUAAUUAAUUAGUGGACGUGUCCUCUUUGGCAGACUAGCUAGACCAGAAUUUCAGUUUAAUUUUGCCAUGUUUCAUGCAUGUAUGUAUGUGAUGUACAUUUGGUUGGCCGGUCUCCUUGGAACUUGGAUUGUGAGAUGUGAAGACCGGACCGGACCAGACCGGAACUUAAUCUGUUGCCAUUUGGAGUUUUA